AUAAAGAAAAUGGAUAGUGGAAAUUGCUCUUCCUUGACCAAAUUCUUUCUCUUGGGAAUUACCAACAACCCUGAAACCAAACUGACUCUAUUUACCACUUUUCUAGUUGUUUAUCUCGUUAGUCUUCUGGCGAACCUUGGAAUGAUCAUUUUAAUUAGCAUGGAUUCCCAACUUCACACACCGAUGUACUUUUUCCUCAGCCACCUCUCUUUCUGUGACCUCUGUUAUUCCACAGCAGUUGGACCCAAGAUGCUGGUGGACCUUUUUGCCAAGAACAACUCAAUCCCCUUUUUUGGUUGUGCUUUGCAAUUCUUCAUCUUCUGCACCUUUGCAGAUUCUGAGUGUCUUUUGCUGGCAGUGAUGGCCUUUGAUCGGUACAAGGCCAUUAGCAACCCCUUGCUCUACACAGUCAACAUGUCCAGCAGAGUGUGCCUCCUGCUCAUGGCUGGGGUUUAUCUGGUGGGAAUGGCAGAUGCUUUGAUACACACAACAUUAACAUUCCACCUAUGUUUCUGUGGGUCAAAUGAGAUUAACCAUUUCUUCUGUGAUAUCCCUCCUCUCCUAUUGCUCUCUUGCUCAGAUACACAGGUCAAUGAGUUGGUGAUAUUUACCAUUUUUGGUUUCAUUGAACUGAGUACCAUUUCAGGAGUUCUUAUCUCUUACUGUUACAUUAUCUUAUCUGUCUUGAAGAUCCACUCUGCUGAGGGGAGAGUCAAAGCUUUUUCCACCUGCACCUCCCACUUAACUGCUGUGGCAAUUUUCCAGGGAACUAUACUCUUCAUGUAUUUUAGGCCAAGUUCUUCCUACUCCCUAGAUCAAGACAAAACGACCUCAUUGUUUUACACUCUUGUGAUUCCUAUGUUAAACCCUCUGAUUUAUAGCCUACGGAACAAAGAUGUGAAAAAGGCCCUGAAAAAAUUGAAAACU